GCUCGAAAAGACAGAAAGAAGAAAAACGGAAAGCCACUUUCGACCGCGCUCGAGACCGCUUCAGUGUGGGAUUUGCUAUUCUAAGCCAAGCUACGCGCGCGGUCACAGUGCGCACUCGUCCGGCUCGAAAGGGAAACCUUCGUGACCUUCACUCCUGCAUUCCGCAUUCGUGCGCGCGCAGUAAGAAACGACCACCGCAGUCGGCCAGGUAACAGCAAGCGCGCUCAAGCAGGAAACGGCCCGGAAACUCCUCACCAGGCUGGCCAAGAAGACACGAGGCCUGGGAUCUGCUGGCUGGGCAUUCUACGAAUCGAGUGAGAGCUGCGUAGACUGGACCCGACACCCGACUCAUUGGGUUGUACCUUACACACACAGAGCUACAGAUUAAGAGAAAUAUGGCAGUAACUCCCGUGACAAUGGCGUCUGCCACUAAGAAGGAAGACCGAGCCAAGGAGACAGCGACUAGCAACUCCACUGCUGGCAGUCGGCUCGAAGUGCGUUCCUGGGAGAAGCUGCAUCCUCAUGGAGACGUGUACAGCCCGCGCACGGGCCACACUGUCACCAGUAAAGGUACAUUGCGUCUAAAUGAGAGAAUGUUUGUGGGGAUGAACGCUAACCUGGGUUCGUCCAUAAUCUAGAUGGCCGAGUGUACGUCUUUGGUGGCACAGACCGCAGAAGACGUCAACAGGAUUUGUACCAAUUGGAUCUCGAGACGAGCACGUGGUCCCAGGUACAGACGCGCGGUGCGCUCCCGCCGAGACGCUCUGGGGCGCUGGGGGUUGUCCACGAGAGCGACAUGUUCAUCUUUGGAGGCUACGAUGGCCGUGACGGCAACUACUUCAACGAUCUGUACUACUUCAACUUCGACGAACAGAGGUGGAGCCAGAUGCCCAGCGUCGUGGAAGAUCGACCAGAAGCCCGCACCGACCACAUAAUGGUGCUGCACUCUUCCAGUAUUUAUAUUUUCGGAGGCUACAACGGCUCGAGCCGAUUCAACGACCUCUGUGGGUACGACAUUCACGCACAGCGCUGGAGCCGACUGCAAGCCGUGGGCGCCGUCCCAUCCAGACGCUUUGGUCACAGCGGCGUUGUGCAUUCAGAAACCAACCGACUCAUCGUCUUCGGAGGCUGGGAUGGACGCGACACACUCAAUGACCUGUACGAGUACAGCUUUGUCACCAAUGAGUGGAGGAAGAUGGAGACAACCGGCAACAGCCCGCCGCACAGAUACCGCCACACUGCCGUGAUCUUUGGUGACAAUAUGUUUGUGUUUGGAGGUGUUGACAAGACACACAGUCGCUUCAACGACCUGCAGCGUCUUGACUUGGUGACGAACACGUGGAGCGAAGUUUGCACGACUGGGAGCAUCCCGAGCAGUCGUACAUUCCACCGAGCUGUGGUCGUGGAUAGCAAAAUGUACUUGUUGGGAGGAUACGAUGGCACAGACAGACUACAGGACCUGUACUCGAUUGAUAUUGGAGCUCUCACUCCCCCAUCACUCUUGGAUAUCUGCGCCGACUACGUCCGAACGAAUCUUGAUGCUGUGCUGGAAACAACGACUUUCAAAGGAGUUCCGAUGGAUAUCAUCGACCACGUAAUUUUCAAGCGCGAUCUUGAGGGACGAUUGCGAGGGAAGUGCAAGCUCUGCCGACCAGGAAGAUGCUGCGUCUACCGAAUGCAGAAGAUGGAGUCUUGUCCACAGGACAAGCAAGAUCCGACGCGAUCAAACCACUUUGGCUGCGUUUGCGGGCACUCUACAUUCCACCACGAGGUGGUAGAGGAAUCAAGUACGUUGACGGUUAUCGAUCUUUGCAGUUGGUGCAGGGUACUGACAUGUUUUACUUCUGUUUGUGCUUUACAGAACUCUACGGAAAGAAGCCUGUCGGAUCAACAUCAACAAAAGUUCUUAUGCUUUGCGGUUCCAUCUACAAGCGUCUAUUCGACUCCACGUCGUCCACGUCGUCAACUUCAUCGCUGCUUUCAUCUCCUCGCAGUCGUUACUCCGACGAAAGUUCAAACAAUGAGAAAGAAUGCUUAGCAUAGACAUCAAGACAGCAAGGGCCGGUCCACUGUGUGCGUCGGGACGCACAGGGAGCUUUGCUUUGAUCGACUAGAUCACAGCCUGGAGCCACUAACUAUUAUUUUCAGUGCUUCAUUAGUAAGUUACCCCAUCUUGGCAACCUCA